UAUGCGUAAGGCACAACCGAUUAGGAGAGCGUCGUGACGACAUCGUCUACGUACCGCUCUCGCCAAAGACCGACAGCUCAGCAAUAACAGCCCUCACCGUCGUUUCUUCAAGCUUCACCCAAUAUAGCGCUCAACUCAAUGGGAUCCUGCGCAAAACACAGAGGAGACGGCAUCGUUCACCAUCGCUCUAUUACCGAAUCUGAUAACUGCAACUGAGCGCUACUCCGCAUUCGGACUACAUAUAUACAGAACUGAACACAUUUCCUGAGCUUCCUUCUGUAGUAAGGGGAUGGGGGGUAUGACCGACCCCCGACUCCCAACUCUGUUCUAUCAGUUGUAGGAGCGCUUUGCAGCAUGCUAUCGCCGAGAAGAGGGGUCGAUCACAGGCCCGCCGCUACGAUUCUAACCCAGGUUGCUGUCAUUGCAAUCUUCGUUUCUAUGAGCGCUUGCAUGCCAGGGUCUUCUUCCGUAUGCCCACGUAGCCUGGACUGUGCCCGAGCAAGGAGGCAUUUCUGCCAGCCGGGCAGCUCACACUGUGGCCCCUGCCUCACCCCGCUGGUAGAGAACUCCCAUGGCAGAUGCAUAGUGAAGAGGAGGCCCAGUCACACCCCUCAUUUUGGCAAAGUGACCACUUUCCCUGAAGUGGACGAGGAGAUAGACUUCCUGUCCACCAUCAUCAGCCAACAGGAGACUGAAUCAGGUUUCAGGCAUCCAGCUUCUUCCUUUCAGGAUGUUCCUAAAGUCAAGGAGGAGGACGAUGACAGAUCAAUGAUCCUCACCCAACGGCCUACCACAGAGCAGCCUACUACACACGGCGCCACUACAGCCCCUCCACCCAUCUCUAUCACUACAGCCAUCACCACCACUACCAGCCACUCCACAGCAGUACGCAGCGGUCCCCUGAUCAUCCCUUACCCCUCCAACAGCCGAGUGUUUAUCAUCAUGACCAGUGUGUUUUUGGUUGUGGGGUCUGUUGCCUUGCUCUUGGCUGCUGUCUGUUGGAUCAGGUUGCAGAGAGGUUUGCGGCUGGCUCAGAAGGUCGACUACCCAGCUUAUGGGGGGAUGGGGCCCCAUUCCUAUGACAAUGAUGUGCUUGGGGAUAGGAGGCUGGCUCAGAGUGCCCAGAUGUACCACUACCAACACCAGAAACAGCAGAUGCUCUGCCUGGAGAAACACAGGGAUGAACCCAAGGUGCCUGACUCCGGGGCCACGUCAGAUGAGGAGAAUGAGGAUGGGGAUUUCACGGUAUACGAGUGCCCUGGACUGGCCCCGACAGGAGAGAUGGAGGUGAAGAAUCCUUUGUUUGAUGACUCCACCCUUUACCUUCAGAGGAGCCACAAGUAACCCUGACAACUCUGGACAUUCUGAUAUGCACCUAUAAAACAUACCACCCUACAUGUACAGGAAGAUCAAAUCAUACUCACUCCCUUGCACACCUACAAACACACAUCAGGUUUCUCUAUCUGACCUUUUGACCUGUCCCACCACUACUUACACUGAAGGGCUGGUGACGAGGAGGAGGAGGACUGUAUGAACAUUAUAUCUGAAUGACCGACUGACGUGAAUCUCCUCUUGAAACAGACUGAUAUCUGGGACCAAUGACGUCUCACACUCUCAGAAAACCUACAUGAUCUUUAAGCUUUCCGUCUGGCCUAUCAUAACCAUGCCUUGUUUUGUUGUAUGUGAACUCUGUUAUCUCUUGUGGAUUUGAUACUGUAAUAUCCUCUGUUUUUUCUGUCAAACAUGUACACAACCAACUAACUGACAGAGAUUAGUGUUUAUGAUGAUGGAUACUAUUCUCAAUGUUCUGCAAGAUUCUAUACCUGAACUUUUCCAACACGAAAAUUAUUGUUUUCGCUGUUCUGUUGAAAAAUGUUCUAUGGUGUGCACUAAUGAAUACUACCCUGCUUCAUACGACAGAUACCGACAGAAGGGUUCAGGGACAAAGCAGAGAAGAACUACAUUGAAAAAAUAAAUAUGUUAUGGGUCUGUGGGUGUAUGAUUUAUUACAUUUACACAAUCUGUGGAGACUAACUGAUACUUGCAUCAUACUUUUGAAUGUUACCCAGACCAUGACUUCCAGUGAACUAUACAGGCCAAUGUCCAAACCACAAACCUUUAGUAAUAGUGAACAGGAAGAUUGUGUUGGAGGCACACACUUUGUGCAGAAUGUGAAAUUGAAUAACCAAUCCAGAUACAAGUUUCUUAAAUCAUAGACUGCAGUAUGACCCAGACUCCUGGACUAAAAAGCAUUGAUAAUCUCAGUUGAAAAUUCAGUUGAGGAAUAGGCUUAAUCUGGGUCUGGGAACUGGUCCUAUAAAUCAUUCUGGAACUGCAGAUGUUAGGCCAUAUGCCUUUGAAACAGAGCUGGAGCACAGUGGGAAUAUGCCAAUUUAUCAAGCUGUCAAUAGUAAUCAUUGGCAGACUAAAUAUCUGUGUCCCAAAUAACACCUACAUGGUGCCCUACUUUUGCCAGCGCAUUAUUGACCCCGGUCAGAAGUAGUGCACUACAGUAUGUGGAGAAUAUGAGGCCAUUAUUGACCCCGGUCAGAAGUAGUGCACUACAGUAUGUGGAGAAUAUGAGGCCAAUAAUGACACAUUCUGAAGAUCUGGAUCAACUCAUCUUUGACUUUCUUCAUUACCAAAACGUCUUUUUUUCUUACAUACAAAGGUGAUUUUAAUGUUUCAUAAAUGUACACAUGCAGUAUGUAUGGCAAACCUUUACGCUUUGUUAUGUAGCCAUUAUAGUCUCAGUAUCAAUGGUCCCUCUAUGCAUGACUUGAUGAUGCUGUGCUCUGCUGAAAAAGGGAUACAAUUCAAUAUGCAUUUAUGAUCCUUACAAGUUUCUUGUGUAAACUUGCUUAUGAUGAUACUUAAAUAACUUGAAUGAU